CUGAGCUGAACUGUGAACAUGCUCAGAGGCUGGCAGAACUGGAGCUGGCCAUGCAGCACAAACUGAGAGAACGACAAAAGGUUUAUGAAGAAGCCUUUCACCAAGACGUGGAGCAGUAUCUGUCUACUGGAUGUCUGCAGAACAGAGAGUCAGCAGGGCCUGAUGUCUCUAUUCUGGAUGAGAUGACAGUCACUAACUUAUCAGACCAAGAAGCUUUAGAUGACUUCCUUAAUUCUGCUGGUGAAGAUAUCAGUGCUGGAUCAUCCCUGACAUCAGGUCCAGACCCUGAAUCCUGCUCUUCUGAGUCACUGACCCAAGCCCCACCUGUAGACAACCACCUGUCCAACCAGACUGGAGAGUGGCAGGAGGAAGAAGACAGUGCUGAGCCUAUGGUACAAUCAGACGAAGAGGAUGUACAAGCUGACAUGUCACUAGUUGCUCUGCAGGAUGCUGGAACCACUUGGGGCUCUGAUGAGAGUGACUCUGCAGGGGACCAGCCCCCACAUGUGUUUACUGGCUGUCACAAUCCUGGAACUCUUUAAACACAGGAACUGUUCUGUUUCCCCUGUUGAUCUUAAGGUGGUAUCUCACUGAGCUGCUACUUUUAAGACUAGUUAGUGACUCGGAUUGCGAGAAAAUUGGAACAUUUUCAGUUGCAAUUUCAGACGUCCGAGUGUUUGUGACCAGGAGGUGGUGCAGCCUGAUUUGGAGCUACCAGUUUUUGACAAUCACGAUCAAAACUGCAUUCUUUGCCUUGCACAUUAUUUUAUUUCCCACCUAGUCCCACUUUGUAACCUCACUGGCAGCUGCUUCCGCAUUUAAGAUAUAUUCUGCUGGGGUCCACUAGAAAUUAAGGUUAAGUUUUUAGACCUGGACAUUUGCCUCAGAUGUUUUCUGUAAGAAGAGAGAUCUUGUGCAAUGUCAGAGUAUAAUGCUCUAAAGCUCUGGAGAUGGGUUGGAGAUUCCUUUGUUUAUUUUGGGGGGGAAAAGUGGCAAAAUGUUUUUAAUAUGUUCAAAACACAAGUUACAAGACUAUGAGCCUCUGAGACUCACGCCAGAAAUUUUGAGAACUACGACAAGAUAAUCUGGAGUCUCCAUGAGACUCAAACUAGUUGCAGCUCUGCGAGAAACCACAUUAAUACUUUACUAACUAGUUAGUGCUUAAUCUAACUCCUUAUUAACUUAUAUAACUUAUAACGUUUAUCUAAAUGAGGUAAUUUUUUUGUUAUGUAUACUGCAUGAAAAGAAACUAUGAACUGAUUCUGCUAACAGUUUCUUACCAACGUCAUGUCCCAUCUUUAAAGACUUCACUGCAAUCAUUUGGUUCUACCUUCUUUAAAACCAUUUUUAGUGAAAUAGACCAAUACUUCCUGCUGUCUACCUUCGAUAAAUCAGAUAUUAGUCUGACAAGUGUUUUAUUUAUUUUGUAAUUUGUUGAGAAGAAUAAAGGGUGCAACAAUCAAA